AUGUCCCAAACACAAACACUACGUGCAUCCGAGCAUCAGAAUGACGGCCGUCCACACGUACUGCUAGCAUGCACAGGCUCAGUCGCAACCAUCAAAAUCCCUCUAAUCAUCGAAGCCCUCUCGCACCAUGACAUUUCUAUGCGCUUAAUCCUGUCAUCCUCAGCCAGCCAAUUCCUGCAAGGCCAAUCUGCCGAGCAACCUUCAGUAUCCUCACUUCUCAAGAUACCAAAUCUCGAGGCUGUAUACACGGAUGAAGAUGAGUGGUCUCAGCCUUGGACUCGUGGUGCAGAUAUCCUACACAUUGAGUUGCGGCGCUGGGCCGAUAUAAUGAUCAUGGCUCCGCUUUCUGCUAAUUCAUUGGCUAAGAUGGUUGCUGGUAUGGCUGAUAGUUUGGUCAUGUCUGUGGUGCGUGCUUGGGACACGACUGCUAUGCUGGAUGCUCGACGGCCGAAUCUGCCAUCGUCUCUGCGCACAUCGACAGGGAAGAAGCCCUUGUUGGUUGCUCCUGCUAUGAACACUGCUAUGUGGGCACAUCCGGUUACGCACAAGCAAGCUGCUGUGUUGGAGCAAGAAUGGGGUAUUGAUGUCGGAGGCUGGAUCAGACUCAUCAGGCCUGUCGAGAAAGAACUGGCGUGUGGUGACACGGGAGGAGGCGCCAUGCGUGAGUGGAAAGAUAUUGUUACCAUCAUCCGGGGAUAUCUGGAUGUUCAAACUUCCAGUAUUACGAACAUUUCCGUGUAA